AUGAUUCCUCCCUAUCCGAGUGCCAAACCCGUCACGACGCACAUCCGUCAGGAGAGGAAUAAACGACGGUACGCUCUUCUCUUCAGGAUAGUUUCAGACCUGAAUAUUAUGCUGUUGGGUCUGACUGGAGCAGGAAAGAGUGCAUCAGGAAACACCAUCCUGGGUGGAGACAGAAAAGCAUUUGAAGAACCUGGUCAUUCUACGUCUGAGACCAAAAUUUGCACAGCAGCACAUGCAGUGGUGAACAGACGAGCAAUCACUGUGAUCGACACCGUAGGACUCUCUGAUACAGCUGUGAAGAUUACAGAUGUUCAGACACAAAUAGAGCGCAUACUACAGAAUACACAACUCGAUGUGAUUCUGCUGGUGAUCAGACUGGGUGAGACGUUCACAAAGGAGAAACGUGAAGCUGUGAAAUGGAUCCAGGAGAAUUUUGGAGCAAAGGUCUUAAAACACACAAUAGUGCUCUUUACUCAUGCAGAUCAGUUACAGGAGCCGGUAGAAGAUCAUCUGGGAGAAUGUCAAACACUGCGGUCACUCGUUGAUCAGUGUUCAGGAGGAUUUCAUGUUUUUAACAACAAAGAUGGAGAUCGAUCUCAAGUCACUGAGCUUCUGGAAAAGAUUGAGUCUCUGAGGAGGAAGAAUGGAUACAGGAGAUACACUGAGCAGGACUAUAAGGAGACUCAGAGAGAUCUCCGGCUCAAAAAAUGUGACAUCUUCACUAUAGCAAUAGCAGUAGCAGCAGCAGUAUUCGCAGGAGCAGCAUUAAGAGCAGGACUAUUAGGAGGAGCAGGAGUGGGAGGAGCAGAUUUAGGAGGAGGAGCAGGAGGAGGAGAAGCUAUAUUUUCAAUGAUGGCAUCAGUUGCACCAGCUGCAGAAGCAGCACCAUUAAUAGGAGCAGCAGGAGGUGCAGCUCUCCUGGCAGCAGCAGCUUGUGCUGGACUGUAUUUUUUGGCAAGAAUAUAUCUCUCUAGAGAAAAAGAUAAUUAA